AUGUAUUCGGUUGUCGAAGGUACCAAAAAUUUAGUAGAUAAAGUGCGUCGUCGUGUUACUGGUGGUACUUCUACUGGUGAUGCUUCUUCAUCGUUUGGUUCCACAAUAAAUCUUACAAACGAAUGUGGCUUUCCAUCAAGAACCAACUCGAUGGGCUACACUGAACUGAUGGGAGGUUCAGUGCCUUGCCCGAGUUGUAAGGGCUCUGGUCGGAUCCCGAAAGAAUUAGAGGAAACAUUGGUAGCUCUAAUUCCAGUUAACGACGAUCGUUUAAAACCGAAAAGAACCUGGCUUUAUGUUUUCUGCGUCGUUCUUGGCUGUCUUUCACUGGCAGGUGUUGUAAUUUUUCUAUUGGUGCCACGCGCGAUUUAUCUAAGUAGCAUAAAACCACCAAUUGAAAUCAUAACAGUUUUUCAUCAUGACGAAAGUCAUAUUGGUAUUCAUUUUAUGAACGAAUUCAAUAUAUCUAAUGCAAAUUACUAUUCUGUAAAAGUGCUAAAUUCAUCGGCGACGAUCUUGUCAAAGUUUCAACCUUGGUCAACGGAUGUCAUUGGUGUUGGUGGUAACACCACUGACGUGUAUGUUGGACCCAGAACCAGUCGAGACCAGACUUUAUUGUUCAAUAAUACAGUGACAUUGAAAGGUGGUGUCGCGGAAUAUUGUCAGGCGCCAUUUUCGCGGUUAACUUCACUCUAUGUUAACAUGCAGUUUGACAUAUCAGUUACAGUGGAAUAUUUAAGUCAUCGUGAACAGGCAACUCUAUCUGUUGUACAGCAAGUCUGCUGUGUACCGUCUGGCAACUGUACUGCUACUUAG